CGACUGGACCCGAUUCCCUUCAUUCUCUGCCUGCAAUUCGACCGCUCACAGCUGUCUUGAUUCUUGUGGAAUCGUCUUCAACGUUGCACAAAUCUCCAAAAUGAAACUCAUGCUGGGACUGUUGGGGCUGGUGUGCCUAAUGGCUGUGGCCCUGGGAGCUGCUGCAGAAGAUGAAGACCUCUUCGCUGCUGAAUCUGCCAAUCGAGGAUUCGGCUAUGGAGGCUAUGGAGGCUAUGGGGGCUAUGGAGGCUUGGGAGGCUAUGGAGGCUUCGGAGGAGGAUUCGGAGGCUUUGGCCAUCACCAUCGUCGUCCCCAUUACGGUUGA